AUGUCGCAAGAGGCAGACAUGUGGGCUCAAGCCGACCAGACCACCAUCAGCUCGCUCACAGGGUCUGACAUCCCAGUCGAGAACCUCAAGCUCCCGGCAAACUUUGUCUGGGGUGCCGCCACAGCAGCCUAUCAGGUUGAGGGGGCUGCUGCCCAGGAUAGCAAGGGCAAGUCAAUUUGGGAUACAUACUCACAUCUCGAGCCUUCGCGCACCAAUGGUGAGAACGCGGACGUGACAUGCGAUCACUAUCACCAGUUUGAUGAAGAUGUGAAGCUUAUGAAGUCGCUGGGCAUGGACACCUAUCGCUUCUCUAUCGCCUGGUCUCGUGUCAUUCCCUUGGGCGGUCGCAAUGAUCCAGUCAACGAACUUGGCAUCUGCUUCUAUAACCGCCUCAUCGAUUGCCUCUUGGCCCAUGGUAUCACGCCUUCAGUCACCCUCUAUCACUGGGAUGUGCCCCAGGCCUUGUAUGACCGGUACAAGGCGUUCCUGAAUACGACUGAAUUCAGGGCUGAUUACGAGCGAUAUGCGCGCUUGUGUUUCACCCGCUUCGGUGACCGCGUACAAUCCUGGGUCACCUUCAACGAACCUUAUAUUAUUUCCAUCUUCGGACACCUCAAUGGCAGCCUUGCUCCCGGUCACUGUCUCGAGGCUUCUACGGAUACCAAGACGGAACCUUGGCGGGUCGGACAUACUCUCAUCCUAUCCCAUGCCUCGGUGGUCCAGAUAUACGCCAAAGAGUUCCAGCCGUCCCAGAAUGGCAAGAUUUCCAUUGUCCUCAAUGGUCACUUCUAUGAGGCUCAUGAUGAAUCUAAGCAAGCUGAUAUAGACGCUGCUCAGGUCCGGCUUGAAUUCUAUAUUGGCUGGUUUGGCGACCCUAUCUUCCUAGGCAAAGAUUACCCGGCAUCAAUGAAAGAAUACCUUGGUGCGCGGCUGCCGAGCUUCACACUCGAGGAUCUCGAGCUCCUCAAGGCCACCUGUUCAAUCAAUGCCUUCUAUGGCAUGAACCACUAUUCGACCAAAUUUGCUCGUCAGCUCACGACGCCCCCAGCGGAGGACGAUUGGACGAGGAAGAUUGAAGAAUCAGCUGUGAACAGCAAAGGCGAGGAGAUCGGGCCGGCAUCAAGUAUGCCGUGGUUGAGGAUCGCGCCUGGCGGAUUCCGAAAGUUGCUCAACUGGGUCUGGAAACGUUAUCACCUCCCUAUCCUCGUGACAGAGAAUGGCUGCCCAUGCCCUGGUGAGGCCGAUGUCAAGAUUGCAAUGGAUGACCAAUUCCGACAGAGGUACUUGGGUCUGUACCUAGACUCUAUCUCCCAGGCUAUCUACGAGGACGGCGUCAACGUUGAAGGCUACUACGUCUGGUCCCUGAUGGACAAUUUCGAAUGGUCUUCCGGCUACGGCCCACGUUACGGCAUUGUCCAUGUGGAUUUCAAUACUUUGAAGAGAACCCCGAAGAAGUCGGCUUACUACCUGCAGGAGACCUUCAAGACGCGUAGGAAGGGCCAGCCAUAG